AACCCAGCGAUUGAGGUGCUUCCAGCCUCUCAUGUUCAGCCAUGCCUUCCGACGAGUGGCGACGCGUGCCCGAGUCUCUCACGUUGCGGGCGUGUUGGCACUUACCGUGCCUGCUCGCCAUUGGCUGAAAUCAACACCCGCAGAAUGUGAACCUGCGAGUUCCCCCCGGCGCAUCAUCAUUGACACCGACCCAGGUGUGGAUGACGCCUUGGCGAUUCUGCUGGCCCUGGGCUGCCCAGAGCUCCAGGUGGAGGCUCUGUCCAUCGCCAUGGGCAACGGCAAGGACAUUCGAGCGCUUGGUUCGAAUGCCAAGCUGCUGUUGCGUUUGGCGAACGCAGAGACGGUGCCUGUAAGCCUGGGCGCGCAGCCUGAGGGAGAUGUCUCAGAAGGUGCCACAGUCAAGCGUCGAGGCAUGAAGGAGCAGCUGGUGCACGGAGCUGACCACAUGGGCAAUGUAGGUGUGAAAUAUGGCAAGCGUGAUGCGGACUAUUCAGGCUUUCACCAGCUGCCAGCACCGGAGCUGAUCUACGAUGUUUGCAAAAGACAUCCUGGGGAGGUUACGCUGGUCUGCAUCGCUUCCCUUCACAACGUGGCCUCCGCACUGCAAGAGCAUCCCGACCUCCCGGAGCUGGUCCGCGAGGUGGUGAUCAUGGGCGGUGCCUUCGGGGAGCGCCGCGGCAACCGCACGCCCUCGGCGGAGGCCAACUUUUUCGACGGCCCCGAGGCGGCCCAGGCCGUGUUGACAGCUGGCUUCCGCCGGGUCGUCCUUGCUGGUUUGGACAUCACGCACCAGACAGACAUGCUGCCCCUGCGGAAGGCAUGCAAAGAGUCAUCUUUGCCCCUUUCGCAAUUCAUUUGGGACUUGUGCGAGAACUUCAUCACCGUCUAUCAUGAUUGGGGUGAGACCCUGGCGCCGGCGCAUGAUGCAGUUCCAAUCAUGUAUCUGGUUCAUCCUGACCUCUUUGAGGGUGAGGAGGUUCGCGUGGAGGUGGAGACUGCGGGGGUGAUCACCAAGGGCAUGUCCAUCGCGGACUGGAAGGGCCAGUGGGGAAAGCCUCCCAAUUGCCUGCUGCUGCGGCAGAUCCGCGACCAACCUGCGUUCUACCGUGCUUUCGUCGGUGCAAUGCAGCGACUUCCGCGCCCGUCAAGCUGAGCUGGAAGCUGCGCAUGGAAACGCGCGCUCGGCCGUUUGGCG